UGUUCCCGUGCUCGAGGUUGAGAGGGCCACAAUAUUAGGGACACUGAACAGGAGCACUCCUCCAAUGGUGUCGCUGUUCAUAUGUAAAUAACAUACCUAGCACAGGCCCCCUGCAGCGCCACUAACAAGCCAGGUCUGCCCAGUGAAGCUUUGGCCAUCUGUCCCCAUUGACAAGCUCCAACGUCUUUUUUUCCGGGGGAUUCCGAUCUCCUCGCACACAGCAUGGCCCCCUCCCGCAAGCACACCACCGGCACGGACCAAAGCGAUCACUGCAGUGGGAGAGCCAACAGAAAAAUGAGGAAACCUCUGGUGGAGAAGAAACGACGAGCUCGCAUCAACGAGAGUUUACACGAGCUACGGAUUUUAAUGGCGAAUACCGAACUGCAGUCCAAGAUAGAGAACGCCGAAGUGCUGGAAUUGACGGUGAAAAGAGUGGAGAGCAUCCUACAAAGCCAAGCUCAAGUGAAUGCCGUCAACUGGGAGGCGUGCGAGCGAUUCACCGCUGGUUACAUCCAGUGCAUGCACGAUGUGCACACCUUCGUGUCCACCUCCCCGGUCAUAGACCCGACCGUCGCUGCCGAGUUGCUCAACCACCUCCUGGAGAGUAUGCCGCUGCACGGCCAGGACCGCAUCCGGGUCACGCUGGCGGACACGCCGCUGGUGUCGCCAGCCCCGUCGUGCACCUCCAGCGAUGACCUCAACUCUGACCUGGACGACACAGACUCCGAGCAAAGUCAGGUUUCUUCCUCGGAGGAGGCCGAGCUGCACAACGCUGCUUUGAAUGACUCUAAAACAGUUUGGAGACCCUGGUAGACUGAAAGAAGUCUUUCCAAAACUAGGGCAGUGAUCUGUCAUUUUCUGUACAAUAAUCGACAUAAGUGUACAUAUUUACUUGUUGAGCUGUAUAGGAGACAGAACUACAUUGUCAGCUUGGUCUAAAUUAUUUUUGCUUUUAAUGUAUUUAUCAGAUGUUUCUAGUAUCCGGCCACUGAUUCUUUUCAAUAAAUAGCUUUUGUGACAGACGA